AAUGUUCUCUAUCUUUGGGGAAACCAAUUUUCAGGGUCCAUUCCUCCAUCUCUUGGAAAAUUAGGCAACUUAAGAAAUUUGAGCAUAGAAAGAAUGACCUUUCUGGUCCCAUUCCAAGAGAGAUAGGUGACCUAAGAAGAUUGAAGUUUCUUAACUUAUGGAGGAAUCAACUUUCGGGAUCCAUACCUGUAGAGAUUGGGAGGCUAACCGAUCUUAUUGAAUUAGCAUUUUCUAAUAAUAAGUUGGUUGGGAGUAUCCCCGCUUCGCUAGGAAACCUAAGCGGUCUAAAUGCUCUCUAUCUUUACAGUAACCAACUUUCGGGAUCCAUACCUGCAGAGAUUGGGAGUCUAACCGAUCUUAUUGAAUUACAUUUUUAUGAUAAUAAGUUGGUCGGGCGUAUCCCUGCUUCACUAGGAAACCUAAGUAGUCUAAAUGUUCUCUAUCUUUUCGGAAACCAAUUUUCAGGGUCCAUUCCUCCUUCUCUUGGAAAAUUAGGCAACUUAAGAAAUUUGAGCCUAGCAAAGAAUGACCUUUCUGGUCCCAUUCCAAGAGAGAUAGGUGACCUAAGAAGAUUGAAGUUUCUUUACUUAUUGACGAACCAACUUUCGGGAUCCAUACCUGCAGAGAUUGGGAGGCUAACCGAUCUUAUUGACCUAGAUUUUUCUGAUAAUAAGUUGGUCGGGCGUAUCCCUGCUUCACUAGGAAAUCUAAGCAGUCUACAUGUCCUCUAUCUUUACAAAAACCAACUUUCGGGAUCCAUACCUGCAGAGAUUGAGAGGCUAACCGAUCUUAUUGACUUAGCAUUUUCUGAUAAUAAGUUGGUCGGGCGUAUCCCUGCUUCACUAGGAAACCUAAGCAGUCUAAAUGUCCUCUAUCUUUACCAAAACCAACUUUCGGGAUCCAUACCUUCAGCGAUUGGGAGGCUAACCAAUCUUAUUGAAUUAGAUUUUGCUGAUAAUACUUUGAGUGGUUCAAUCCCUGCAUCAAUUGGAAGCAUGGUCAAUUUAACUAUGUUACGCCUUAGAGAUAACAACUUUCUUGGUAUCUUGCCUCCCGAAAUUAACAAGAUCAUUCAUUUGAGUGUUUUGGAUCUCUUCAAUAAUGAACUCGAAGGGCAGCUGCCGGAAAAUAUAUGCCUGGGGGGAUUAUUGCAAAAUGUCACUGUGCAUAAUAAUCAUUUCACAGGUCAUAUCCCUAAAAGCUUGAGGAAUUGUACUUCAUUAUAUAGAGUGAGGCUUGAAGGAAAUAAACUUACUGGAAAUGUAACAGAAGCUUUUGGAGUAUAUCCGCAACUGAAUUUUAUGGACUUGAGCUACAAUUAUUUGCAUGGUGAACUUUCAUGGAAAUGGGGGCAUUGCCACAAUUUGACGAGCUUAAGGAUAUCGAACAAUAAAAUUUCCGGUGAGAUACCCUCGAUAUUCGGAAGGAUGGCUCAAUUACAGUUUCUUGACCUUUCUGCAAAUAAUUUAAGUGGAAAGAUUCCAAGGGAGUUGGGAAGCUUGCAACUACUAUUAGAUCUUAUCCUUAACAACAAUGGGAUCACAGGUGAUAUUCCUCAUCAAAUUGGAUUUUUAUCUCGACUAGAAUAUCUCAACCUAGGAUCAAACAAUUUGAGCGGAGCCAUUCCACCGCAGCUCAGCCUAUGCACCAACUUGCUGAGCUUGAACUUGAGCCAAAAUAAAAUUGAGAGAAGCAUUCCUUUCGAGAUAGGCAAUGCGCGAUUCCUAAGGGUUCUUGAUUUGAGUCAAAAUCUAUUGAUGGGAAGAAUACCACCAAAUCUAGGAAAAUUGAGAGUCCUAGAAACCCUAAACAUCUCCCACAAUGGUCUCUCUGGUUCCAUCCCAUAUAGUUUUGCUGACUUAUGGGCAUUAAUUUCCGUUGAUGUGUCCUACAAUGACUUGGAAGGUCCUCUCCCAAAUGUCAAAGCUUUUAAGGAGGCUCCAUUUGAGGCAGUUCAGCAUAACAAGGGGUUGUGUGGGAACAAGGCUGGAUUACAGAAAUGCAAUAUUUCUACCAUGAACAAGAAACACAAUCAACACGGUGGGGCUAGAAUUUUUAUUAUCCCCGUUCUCUCAUUCUUGGGAUUCCUCGUUCUCUCUUCCUUCUUGAUCGUCCUCAUAAUCUUUAAUUGCCAUCGGAGAAAGAUUAUCAAGAGAGAGAGGAAUGUAUUGACAGAGACUAAUGAUUUAGAUUUCAUGCACAUUCUGAGUUUUGAUGGCAAAAUUUUCUAUGAGCGAAUCAUGGAGGCGACAGAAGGAUUUGACUCCAAGUAUUAUUUGGGAGAAGGGGCGUAUGGCGUUGUUUACAAAGCUGAUCUACCCGCAGGUCAAACUGUUGCAGUCAAAAAAAUUACAUCGUCCCAGGAAGAUGAGACCGUCAACAUCAUUCCUUUUGAAAGGGAAAUUGAAGCCUUACAAACUAUUCGCCACCGCAACAUCGUGAAAUUUUAUGGGUUCUGCUCUCAUGCACACCAUCGUUUUCUGGUAUACGAGUACAUCGAAAGAGGGAGCUUGAGAACAAUUUUGAAUGAUGAUGAUAGAGCAUCAAAGCUUGGCUGGGACAAAAGGAUAAACAUGGUUCGAGCAAUUGCGGAUGCGUUGUCGUAUAUGCAUCACAACUGUUUUCCUCCAUUGAUCCAUCGGGACUUGACCAGCAACAACAUCUUGUUGGAUGCUGAUUUCGAGGCUCAUGUUUCAGACUUUGGCACCGCAAGAUUAUUGAGGCCAGAUUCCACCAACUGGACUGCAACUGCCGGCACCAUUGGAUACAUCGCUCCAGAGCUAGCUUAUACCAACAUUCCGACCAAAAAAUGUGAUGUAUAUAGCUUUGGAGUUAUAGUACUGGAGAUAAUCAUGGGAAAGCAUCCAGGAGAUUAUGUCUCGUUGGUAUUUUCAUCCACUCAAUCCGAGUCGCAAACCCCAUUGAAGGAUGUGCUGGACCAACGCCUCUUGCCUCCAACAAAUCAGCAUGUGCAAAACGUAAUCUCUAUUGCAGCACUAGCACUCGCUUGCUUGCGGACCAAUCCUCAACGUCGACCGACCAUGACACAAGUUUUGCAAGAGCUUCGAGUUCAAGCACCACCGGUUUUGCCGUUCUUUGGAGUCACCUUAGAACAACUCCGUGAUCUCGAUGGCAGGAACUUUUAGAUCGCAUUCGGGAGGUUGCAAGUUUCCGAUCGAGCUACUGUCGUGUGUUCACCUUUUCUGGCUUCUGUGUUUGGCAGUAAGAUGUCGAUUACUUAGUUAUAAAACUUGGAAGAUGCAUAGUCUAAAUGUUUUUUUUUUGUAAGAGUAGAAUAAUAGUUAAUUUUCCUCCUUUCGUGUAAGCAAGUAUCUAUCCAAAUUUAAUGUAAAUCACUUGUUUCUUAGUCAAAUUGUUUGAACCUGUUUAAAAUAC